UUUUUUUUUGGAUGAUGGAAUCUCGCUGUGUGUUUCUUCGCGGGAAUACAUAUUUUAGAAGACGAAUGUGAUCAAAUUUUGUAAUAAAUAAUCAUUUCUGUAUAAAUUCAGUUAAUAUUUUCUUGAAACAAUAUGUUCCUGUCAUAACUGUGUGAAUAAAACCACCACGAUGAAUCUAAUAAGCUCUAAUACCUCUUCUGAGCCGAAGCUUCCCAUCAGAUGCUGGAAAGCUCUGUAUAUGAAACUGACGUCGGUCAAAGUUCGUUAUCAAAACAGUGAUAUAGAAGCAGAACUGUCGGAAUAUGGAGAACAUUUUAAAAAAGGGAUAUUUCAGUUCGCUUCCAAAAUACCUCAGAAUUACAUCGAAUUACGAGAUAACAAAACAACUUCAUUUAUGGAAUCAUUUUAUCAAAGAUUAUCUAAAAUAUUGCACGUCGAUGUGGAAAGUUCCAAGCAAAUAUUCGCUAAUUACUUGCUGUACAAUUGUAAUAACUCUGGGACCCUUUUACAAGAAAGACUAGAGAAGAAUAUCCGAGCUGUGUUGCUUUCGGCUUGGUCAUUCUACGCCCAAGAAAGAAUCUUCUUUUUGAAAUGCUACACUCAUAUAAUAUCCGCUUCUAUGGAUGAAUAUGCUCCUUAUAGUACUGUGUUCACCAAGUUCUUAUCGAAGACAACUCCAAGAGAACGACAUACUUCCUUGUUGAAACAGUACCAUAGUCUGAUUCAUCUGGAAUUACCUUCCGUUAGUACGUUUGGUACUCUUGCUGAUAUGCUGAUACCUCUCUGGAUUACGUAUAAUUUAAGAGAACAAUUGGAAAUGCUGCAGUUGAUUAUUCUAACGACUUCGCAAAUUGAAUUAUCGUUGAACGAUAUCGAUAAAUUAAUCGAGUUAUUACAAAUAACAUCGUUUGGCCGGUAUCAAUGCUUCUUUUACCAUCAUUCUCAUCUAACUGCCAAUCAGCACGCGUUGCAGGAGCAAAUACAUUACGCCAUAACUCUGUAUUCAAUUCAGGUGUUGAGCAUCGGUUGGAAGGAAGAUAUUUACAAAAAUGAAUCGAGCAAAUUCACUUCGCAUAAUAAGCUAAUGUAUCCGGCGGAUUAUGGCGUUGAAAGAGGCCCUAUAGUUAUAGCGUGGAUACUUGUUUUAUAUCACAGAUUGAUGAAUUCUAGUUCUUACGACGAACAGUUAUCUAAUCAAAGUUUUAUUCUGUUAAACGAAGAUCUAUGGAAAGUUCUAGCGGAUGCGUUACAAAGCAGUAUAUUGGAUACAAACUGUAUCAGCGACGUAUUGGAACCUUGCAUAGAUGACAUGGUGUAUUUGAUGUUUACGAAAUUCGGAACCUGUGCCUUUAAAUCUCAGCUCACUUUAGCUUCCAUCAUAUCGUUCUUUAGUAAAUUUCACGUCGGAGUUUUGAAUCAGUCAAGCACUCUGAUAAUGGCUCAUUUUAAAGAUAGAUUUCCUUUGAAUUGCUGCAGUACUUUCAAGAUGUUCGGAUCAAUUCUGAAUUUCAGCACAAAUGUCGCCCAAAGAAAAGAAAUAAUAGAAUCUCUCGGUCGUCUUCCAUUUUCUGUGAAAAAAGACGAAUGUGUUUUGAGAACAAUUGAAUUGAAUAGAUACGUUUUGGAACAUGAUGUGUCGCCAUUGAGAUAUUUUCCAAACAACGUGAUACCUCGAGGAACUGUGGCUGUUCCUGAUUUUGAAGAUGAUAUUGUCACUUUGAAGAAAUCGUUGCCUAUUUGGGACAUAAUGAGGAAUUUUUUAACGAUGUAUCUAAACGGUUAUAAUGAUACAGAUUUAAUUGUCACCAUCAUUGAAGUAAUAAAUUUUGUUGAAAUAUGGUUGCAAAAAAUUCGAACCAUUGACGACGAUAUCGUACGAUUUUCUGAACUGGUUGUACAAGUGAUCUGGAAGACUUCAAGCAGUUGUAAUUCGACAAACGAAAUGAACCUGCUGGCAGCUUGUAUGAAAUUCCAAGGAGUACUAUUUUGCAUUAUGCCAGAAGACAUUAUAAAAUGUUUCGAAAUAUAUAAUUUCCUUCCUGGCUAUCCGGUUAGAAUGAAAAGACGCGAUAUUCACUUAUACGACACGUAUUACACGGAAAGUCGUAUUUAUACGAUAGUCUGCUGCAAAGAAGCUAAAUCCGGAGAAUAUUCUGUGCUCUCAUCGUAUCUAAGCUUCUUUCACAAAGUGGUUCAAAAUAUGUUGGAAAGUUGGUACACUGUGGCCGGCUUGAAAUUCGUGCUUCAUAUUUACAACAACGUGAACAAUGAUUUUUGGAAGUUCAAGAAUUUAGACGAUCGUAACAUGAUAAUAUGGAAUUGUAUCGAAAUUAUUCACGAAAUAUUGAACCACGGGUUGAAAGAUGUGUUUGAUAAGAAAAGCGUAGAAGAAUUGAUCGAUUUUAGAGACAACGAACACGAAUACGUUCUACCGACUACGUAUUUCAUUACGAAAUCUUGCGUUUUAUCCAUUUUAAACAGCGUGAAUGAGAGCACUGUGCUGUCUACUGCGAUUACUGGUGAUAUUGGUUUGCUCGAGUCUGUGGUGGAAAAUGCCUGCUGGACCAAAGGCAAGUCGGCAAUAAUGAUCAACAUAAUUACGUACUCUCUUUCAUUAAUACAACGAUGUCUUAUUUUCGUGGACGUCGAAAAGAAAUUAAAGAAGACCGAAAUAUCAUUCGAUCAUUUAUUCCAACCUGAUAAAUGCCUAGCCCUUCUAAGUUACCGCUACAAUUGCUUCAGUGAUACUAUUUGUUUGUUAGCCGUAAAACUUUUAAUCAAAUUAGCUUCGACUAAAGAAAACUGUAUGUUUAGCUGGCUGCAGUAUUCUAAUGAAUUAUUACAAAAAGAGUUCCUAUAUCCUUUGCAUUCGAACAAUGAAUCCAAUUCGGUCAAAUCUUCGUUGCUCACUCUCAUGGCUGUUUGUAUCAUGAAGCAAAUCGUAAUAGCUGAUGCUCUGUUGGAAAUCGAUAAAGUUAGGAAAAUAUGCGUUGAAAACUCAACAGCCGAUAGAAAAGGGAACAAUUUGUUAUCGAUAACCAGAGAUUACCUUCGUGAUACUGCUAUUGAUAAUCCUAAAAGAAGAGAACUAUACCUGAGUAAUAUGCAUUGCGCUGUUUUAAAUGUGAUUUACGCGUGUUGGGAAAAGAAACUACGAGUUCCGCAACAAUAUUAUAAAAUGGAAACGAAAUUUUGGAAAUUUUUAUUCGAUCCGUUUCAUAAUUACCCAAAAGAGUCGUUUAAAGGAUAUGGAUUCAUAUUAGAAACCAUCUGCUUGGAAAUAGUCAAUUCGAAGAAUAUCGAUCAGAAUUUGAAGUCUGAGCUGAGAGAAUUCCUCAACUCGGAGUAUUUCAACAAAUGGACCGAAUUUUGCGCCAACGUGAUCGAUAAACCGGCCGAAUUAGCCGUCGAGUUCGAAACAAUCGCUUUGCCCGUUUCAUCUGUAGCAGAUUCGUGGAAAAAGUUCAUUCAAGUUGUCACUCGUCACUGCAGCGAUUUAAUAGACACACCGGGAACAGCCGCGUAUCCGAUACUUGAAUCAUUGGUUGACGAAUUGUCAUCACCCGAAGACAACAACAAGGAGAAAUUCUUAUGCGAUAUUUAUCGUAUUUAUUUAACCACUUGGAACACCGAAUGUAGUCAAACAAAUUGGAAAGAUGAGCUCCAGCUUAUGUCUAAAAUGUUCAUCGUAUUGAACAAGUAUAAGUUCCGGUACAAUCCUUACUUUUACUCGGCUCUUUUGGAAAUUGGCUACAAGAUUUUGAAACUUGGAAAUGAACGUAUCAACGUGCUAAAAGAACGGAAAGACACUCCAGUCUUUCUCUUGUCUUGCGGAGAAAUCCUCAUUCAAAAGUUACAAACGUUCAGCAAAUUGAUCCACGAGAAGAACGAACGAUGCGUCGAGUAUCCUCCAUUAUUAAUCCAUUUAUGUCUUUUCACUCGAGUUAUUAAUGACUUAGAUAUCUCGACGGAUACUUUGAUGUACAUUUUAAGAGAAACCGAUUUCGUAAACUUUACUCUGAAAACCAACAACGAUGUCCUAAGGAUUAACAGCGGAACGAAGACUGCCAAGAUGUUGAUACAGUUUCAGAAUUUCGUAUUCGAAAAAUAUCCAUUUUUGAAGAAAAAUUAUUACUCGAAUGAAUCAGUAUUGAGUAUUUUUCAAUCAGUAUUCCCGUCGGAGUUACCUACUGAUGAGCAGGCUCUCCUCAAUACGUUUAAUGAUAACGAGAGGAAUAAUUUAUUUAGAUUCGGACUGAAUUUUGUGUCGAAUUUGACCAACGAACCGACAUGCGAAUCUAAAUCUUUACUCGUCGAGUUCCAUGCCAAAAAUAAACAAUAUUUGUACACUGUUUUACGUAUGGUAACCGUUUCGUUGAAGAAAGAUGAUUUAUAUUUGAUCACCGCCGUAGUGACGUUUUAUUUUCGAAUAUCGCAGCAUUUAUUUUUCUGUAAAUAUUCGGAAAUCAACGAUCUAGUCGAAAGCAUGUUUUUAUUAUUUAAUUGCAUCAAAGCAUCGGUCUCAUCGUUGAUUCAACCUUCGAAAAUGUGUUCAUUAUUGUUGAAUGUAUCUUUGCAUCAUUUACCUCAAUUUUUCGAAGACGCCGAUAACGUUAAAAGUAUCUCCGAAGAUAUCAAUGAAACUUACGAAAAAUUAGCAAACCUGGUUAAACUCGGCAUACAAACGUUAUCGUCAUUUUGCAUCCAUAUCGAUACAAUUUUAUACGGCGCUUGGCCUCCGGAAGAUUGGAAUUUCAGAUGGCUGAAUAGAAUUAAAAGCAAAUCCGAAGCUUCGUUUCCACUCCUCUUAUUAGAUGCGGAUAACGUUCACGAUGAUUUUACUAUGUUGGCUGCUUAUGUAACUCUAGAACAUCGAGCUUUCACGAAACGAAUGAAAAUGGAACAACCGUCGUCGGAGAAUCUAGUUGGAAACAAAUUGACUAUUUUAAAUUACGAUAAAUCUGGCGAAACGUUGAUAUGCUUGAGUAACUUUUUAUUCUCGCAAGCUUCUAUGUAUCUAUUGCAUCCUGGUGUUGAUCAAUCAAAGAAAUUAUUCUUCGUUAAUCAUAUUUUUGUGAAUUUGAAAGAGUUUGUUAAAAACUCCAUCAACGAUUCGUUAACCAAAGAUGUUUCCAUACCGGCUGGCAUCGAUGAUUACGAUACGUUUGUUAAGCAGAAACGAUUAAACGGCGACGUGGAUGAAGAACCUGUCGACGGUGGAAAUUCCAACGAUAAAGCUGCCUCGACUAUUACUCCUAUUCCAGCUCGCCAGGUGCUUUCGCUCAAAGGAAUGAGUGGAUUGAAACCGACACCGUCAGGAUCUAAAAAUAUCAACGAAUCAGAAGUCGAAAUCCAUAAGGAUACCGAAUGUUUGCAAACUGCUGCCUUGCAAACAGUCGCGGCGCUGUUUUAUAAAUUAAUUACUACUUUCAAGCAUAGCUGAUUUGAUUUGUGUGUGUGUUUUUUUUUUUUGCUUUAAUGAAGUUGUUUAUUUUUUCAAGGUAUAUUUUUCAUCGUGUAUUGUAUUUUUUUAUAACGUUUGAUUUUAUAUAUUUUUUUUUGUGUACAUAAUCGUCAUCAAAAUGGUAUUUAUUUUUCUGUGGCGUUUUCAUUGUGAUCAACCAUUUUGCCUUCUCUUCGGCAGUGUAAAAUCUGUGAAUUUUCGUUUGAGAAUCGAACGAUGAUCUGGUGAAUAUUGAUUAGCAUUGCAAAAAAUGUGCUCUCGCCAUCAGAAUAACCUCGGAAUUUAAACCUUUGCCAUCCCCAUUAAAAAAUGGAUGUUCGAAUUUGAUCCGAUCCAACAGGUCUGAGCUGAAUAGAUCUGAGGAGCUCAUUGCAAAAGUAGCCCUUGUCACAUGAACCUAUGCAAUCUCCAAAGCUCUCCCUUGAGCGAACCCAGUAUCAUGAAUGUAAACUCUAUAAAGCAAUUCCUCUCAGGGCUACUCAGGGUAGACCAACUUGACGGUCAUUUCAUCAUUACAACAUGAUCUCCGCAGUUGGCAAUAGGUGCAAUCGAGUGAAAAAGGUCUAAAAGUUCAUGUGACAAGGGCUACUUUUGCAAUGAGCUCCUCAAUACGAUUAAAACUUCGAUCUAAUCAGAUGUAGACAAGUCAAAGCAGACCCAAGGAAUGUUCAAAUCUAGUUAGAUUUGAUAACUCUCCAGUCUCCACCGACAAUCAGUAUUGUCGAGUUGAUCACAAAUGACAAAUUCUUGAAAAGAUUGACACUUUCAAUGCCAUUUGCUUAUUUUCGCAUUCUCUAGAAAGAAUACAUACACUUUAUAGGAAAUAAGUGAAAUAACCCAAAUAAGGGCUAGGGCUAGGCUACAACGCGACGCAGCGAACUCUAUACUUCAAAAUAUUCAAAAAUUCCGCCAAAAUCCUGAAAUUUGAUUGGUGUAUUUUGUUUUGAUUAGUGCCCUAAUUGCCUUAGUGGACAUUUUUUGUUUUUUUUCUGCGCUAAUCUUAUCAAUCAUAUCAGUGUGAGGAAUUGUGGGAAUUGAAUGAUUGUCAAAAUUUUACUUUUGAUAGCUGUAACGAUGUUAUGUUCUCUGUCUUCAAGAAAGCGAAAACAUUCAUUGAGGAAACGAUUGUUAUCCCAAGAAUUCAAAAGGAUGGCUGUGCAAAAUCAAGGGCUAAGACCUCUCAGUUUGUUGGAAUCCGAUUCGGCCGUUUGUGAUGAUAUCGCUAGAAAAAUUGAGACGUUUAUAAAAGAAAGUCCUACGUUCAACCAACAACAACAUGCCUCUACCUUAAAUUCCAUAACAUCUGAGAUAAGGACACGUACUAAUACGUACGAAUUCGCAUCAUCACCGAGUUCCACCGAAGGAGAAGGUCCUGAGCCUGAUCCAAGGGAUCUACUAGCGAAGGAAGUGUGUUCGUGCCUACGAUCGACCACUUUAUACAUUAUCCCGCCAGGAACCCGCGAAAAGUACGUUUCCAGGGUCCUACUGACCUUAGAAAUAAACGCAGUUCAACUACGUGAAUGGCGUUUUUAUAUUUCGUAAUCUUAAACUUGUAAAAAAAAAUAAUAAAAUUAUUUUUUCAAUGUAAAUAUUAUAAAUAAUAAUCAUCAAAAUGGUAUUUAUUUU